UUCUUGUGAUAUCAUUGGAAAUAACUUUCUUCAUUUGUGGUCUGCUGUUUGCCCUGGUUGUGGAAGAAUGGGUUUGGGAUUAUGCUGUAACAGUUACUGUUAUUCAUAUCAUCAUAACUUCAGUCGUUAUGUCUGAAUUCCCCCUGAUGUUACACUGGUGGCUGGCAUUAGGAUCUGGAGUAAUUUCAAUGAUUUGUGGAGGACAGAUUUUGGCAUACUGCUUGUUCAAAAACAACUUCAUUUACCCAAUUCUAGAUGAUUUUUGA